GGAGCUGGCGGCCAAUCAGAGAGCGAGUUACCACAGAGAGGGGUGGGACUAAAAGGGAGAGAAGCCAAUCGGAGAGCGAGGCGCCUCAGAGAGGGGGUGUGAUUGACAGGAGGAUGGGGCUAAUCGGAGAGGGGGUGGGACUAAAGGGAAUCUGGGCCAAUCGGAGAGCGAGGCUGCUCGGAGAAGGGGUGAGAUUGACAGGGCUUGGGACCAAUCAGAAAUGAGGCGCGUAAAAAAAAGGGUGGGACAAAAAGGUAACUGGACCAAUCAGAGACGGAGGUGGGACUAAAAGGGAAAGGAGCCAAUCGCAGAGCGAGGCGCCUCAGAGAAAGGUGUGAUUGACAAUGGAGCGGGCCAAUCGGAGAGCGAGUUACCUCAGAGAGGGGGCGGGACAGCGGAUAAGGCCCCGCGUGAGGAGUAAAGCGGGAAAUGGAGGCGAUGAAAAACGGAGAUUGAACGAGGAAGAAAAGGAGGAAACGGAGAAACGGCGAGAAAAUCCGGUCGACCGGGCGAAUAAGGGCAACGAAACCAGAGCCCGUAGGUCAAAGCGUGAGCGGCCCAACCCAGCCCCGCCCCCAAACCGAAACCGGAACCGGAAACGGCCGCCAAGGCGCCCUGAAGGAUCACGAGCAGCGCCGCGUUCAAUAGGAACAGCAGGAAGUGAGGGGUGGAAGCUGUGGGGCCUCUUCCGGUACCUGCUGAGUCGCUUCCGGUCACGUGGUGGUCACUUCCGGUCACGUGGUGGUCACUUCCGGUCAUGUAAAGCUCGCUUCCGGUCGUGUAGUAGGCACUUCCGGUCAUGUGGUAGGCACUUCCUGUUCUGGAGAGGACGCUUCCGGUCGUAGGUAGGCAGCUUCCGGUCCCAAUGAGACCGCUUCCGGUCGUAUGGCGGCCACUUCCGGUCUCAAACGACUCACCGAGAGUUCUCAAGCCGCCACUUCCGCUCCACGCCACACAACUUCCGGUUUCCGGCGUCGCACUUCCGCUUCCUGUCACUCCUCUUCCCCUUUCUCCCGCCCCGCUUCCAUCUUCCCCACUUCCGGUUUCCUCCGUCCCACUUCCGUUCUGAUCACUUCCGCUUCCUUUCUUCCCACUUCCGGUCCUCCACGCCGCCAUCUUGCCUCCCCCCCACCUCUCCACAGCGGCCGCCGCCAUCUUGCCCACCACCCCCCAAACCUUGGCCGCCAUCUUGCCCCCGUAGCGCGCCGCCAUCUUGAAUCCCCCCCACCCCGCCUUCAACACCCUCCACCCCACGCUGGGCGCCGCCAUCUUAACCGGAAGUGGCCCUUUGCUCCUCGUCGUGACGUCACUUCCGGGUUGCCGAGGAUGAAGGAGCCUCCCUAUUGGUCCCAGCUCUUCCCCCAUGGCCAAUCCGCAUAGAACAAUGGCGAACGUGACCGGGGACGGGCCGGUACCGAUCGCAGACCGGAUGUGAGCGAACAGAGCCGGAGCGGCGGCCGCCAUGAUACCGGAAGUGACGACACAACGUCCGACGGCACGUGACAGCGCCACCCAGCGCGCCGAAACAGGACGGACCAAUGGGAGGGAAGCGACCAACAGGGAACCGACCAA